UAGUCAUAAAUAACGACAGUCCGGCUGAAUGAUAUCAGGAUACAAAGUGUGAAUUCCAUUUUUUUUCUAUAUUGUCCAUAAUUAAUCAAACAAUUUUUUUCUAUUUUCCAGGUGACAAUUGAAACUGAAGAUGGCGGAAAUGGGUUAAAGUUUAGACCAUUAGAUAAGUUGGUACCGGUAUCAUAAUCAUGCUGCUCUUCGGGAUAUUUGAGGGAGAGCGAGUGACGCUGGAUGUGUCACCAGGAAUGACAGUUGCGGAGUUCAAAAAGAUUUUACAAGAAAAACUGAACAUUUCGGAUGAUUUGUGUAAAUUUGAUAAAACGGUGAUAAGUUUGACUUACGCUCGGGCAGAACUGCGUGAUACCUGGGUACUCAGCGAUCUUGGCAUCGUUCACGGUACUACGAUUCGAAUUCAACUGAAAGAGGAGGAAAAUCCUGUGCUCUAUAUCCAGUGUUCACAUACCAAUGAAACUUUAACCAUAUUUGAUAACUUGAAUGUUGGUUCCAUGCCUGUGAAAGAUCUUAGGUCGUUGGUUUCAAAAAGAACGGGUUUACCGGUUGGGAUAUUUCGUCUGUGCACCAGCAAUGGUACCGAAAUGUUCGAUUGUCAUUUGUUGGAGUAUUACGGUAUAGAAGCUGGUAGUAAGUUGCACCUAGAGAAUUGGGAUGGCUUAAACGAAUUUAUAAAUCUUGCCAGUCGAGGAUUCACGCCUCAAGUGAUUUCUCAGAUUUCCUUAGACGACAUUCAUGGUCGAUACUUAUUGAAAGUAGCAUUAUAUAUAGCUGCUCAUUUCGGGAAUGUGGAUCUAGCGCGCUCCUUGUUAAAACUUGGUGGAAGAAGUGAUGAACCUAUCAAAGAUCCUCCCCAACGACAGUGGUGCGGCUCCUUGACUCAUAUUGACAGUCUCAAAGCCCCAGUUCACGUGGCAACUGAAAUGGGUAAUUUGGGCGUCUUAAGACUUUUUGUUAAUCAUGAUAUUACGUGUCUUAUGGCGAAGGACGGGCGUGGAUUAAUGCCAAUGAAUAUUGCUCUCAGACAACAUAUUAAAAACUGUGCGCCAUAUCUACUUACUAAACAAUGGACUAAAAUCAAUUUAACUAAAAACGUUGCAGUCAGUGUGAAAACGUACGAUGGCAUAAAACGGUGGUGGGAACGGGCGAAGGAAACGGCAUACAUUAAAUACGGUCUGUCAAAAUCCUCAAUCAAGAAGCGAAAUAUUGAUUUUGGGCCUCUAGUAAGCUAUGGUGUACUUGUGGAUGGAUUCUCAAAAAGCUCCAUGAACGGAAAACCAAAGGUCCAACUCGUUAAGGAAGAGAAAGAUAAGAGAAAAGCUAAAGAAAAUGUUAUUCCAACGAUUGACGAAAAUGAAGAAGAUCCUGAGAUGUAUUUCAAAAAUAUCAAUAUUAAUUUACCCUUAACUGAUAGAUCCACCAUAUUCGCAGAUAGGAAAAAUGUGCAAAACAUCCCGAAAUCUGAUAGACCGAAACAUUAUUCUCCAACUACACAAACUAAGCAGGCAUGGAAAGCCAAGCCUGAUGGAAGGGGUACCCCUGGUCGCUCGUCUCGUUCAACAACUCCAGAUGCCUCCAAAAAGGACAGCGAAAGUAGCCCUGAAAGAGACCACGGUUUUAAACUGCCACCCAUACUGGAGAGAAGCCGACGUAGACUAGUUAGUCAGUCUCAGCCAGCAUUAAACCUAUCACCAAAAGGUUCCAUUAAACUUGGGAAAGGCGGUGGCAGCAGACUUACAAAGAACAACAAAAAUGCUUUCCUUCGAACCUCAAAACCAAAUAAAACUUUAACCCAGUCUUUACCAAAUGUCAAUGUAUUACCGCCAGACAAACCAGCUUCCAUGCCGGCCCUCAGCAUAGCUUCCACUGAUCGUAGUGAAAUGGGAAAAUCAUUGACAGACACCCCCGGUGCAUCUAUGUCCAGUAUUACCGAAGAAGCUCAGUCAUCCGAUGAUCUUCCUAAUAUUUCCAAAGCUCGUAAAAAACGACGAGGAAAAAUUCCAUCUUCGGUCCUUUUAUCUAAAGCCCAAGCCAGUGAUUCUACCAUUCCGUUACCGCUCAUUAACAACGAGUCCAACAGUCGCCCUUUCUUCUACCUCAAUGGUUUGCGAGAAGAUGACGUCAUAGAACCCACGGUAGAUCUGUUGACAAAAUAUAAAGGUGGUUCGCCUAGAGAACGAGCAAUACGAUCGUUAGUUGUAGCUAGCAAUUUUAAAGAAAAACCCUGGUUAACUCAAGUGCGCAUGGCUUUAUCAUUAUCCACAACUUCAAUGAAAAGGGAUGUGAAACGCAUCAAGUCAUCCACAAAAGACGUUUCGGUACAAUGUGCCCUGAAACCCACGCAUCCUGUUUCAUCCAUUGUGUAAUUUAUCUAAUUGAAUCCUAAUGCAUUUAUAAUAAUUGGCUUGUCCUUUAUACGAUGAACCCCCAUUAAUUCCUCCUUUAUCGAGCUGUCCAUUUGUUAUGAAAGAACCUUCAAUGUUAUACAGUAAUAUUCGACGAACCAUACGUUGGACACCCGAUCCGCCUAUUAUUAGCCUGCUAGUAGUAGAGAGUUGUUAGUCAUUUUUAGAUGCUCGUAGCAGCGCUAAGGGUGCCUCUGCGCCUCUGGGGGUAAAUUGUUAGCCGCUACAGUAACAACUAACAAGGGCAGCCUUUGUUAUCUACUAUAGUAGCAACUAACAAGGGCCGUAUAGUUUUUAUUUUCCUAAUAAAUAAAUCGAGACUUGGAAAACUAACUUUAUUCCCAUUUUCUGGUUAUUGACGAAAUGUGGACUUAUUUAAUAAACAACUAAAUUACUCAUAUUUUACUGCGGCCAAAAUAUUUAUGAAUAAUACUAAAAUAGGGAUUAAAGAUGAGAUUUUGUGUAGAUAAUCAAGGCCCUAUCCUAUUUAUAGGAGGAAACUGUGCGCUGUAUGCAUAUAUAUUAUUAUUUAAUGAACUUUCUUUUCAGAGGUCCCUAUAUUCUAAUUUCGACAAUUAUAACAUAUACACUGUACAUUGCAUAAACUUCUCUCGAACAGUUCUGAGUCGCUUUUUGAUCCACCAUUUUAUAAUUUGCUCCCUUUACUAUAGGAGUAUUCUUCCCGUCUUAAUGGAUGUUUUGGUACAUUAAAAUCUGAUCUUAUCUAUUAUCUAUUCCAAUCGUAUUUCUGACUAUAGCAGUAACGAUUUGUAGGCCUACUAAUUUAAUAAAAAUAAAAAAAACCCACGUAAUUUGUCCUUUCGUUUUAAAUGUAUCGAACGUUAAAUUGUUAUUCGUAAUAUCUCUUUUCAAUGCUAAAGUAUGAAAACAUUUGUUAGCUAUGUAAAUUCAUCAAAUCAAAAGUUCUAGAAAGAUUUGGAAUAUUCUGAUUCUGUAACAAAUGUAAAUUUAUAUUUCGGUCAUUUUUGAAAAUAGUGAGUUACUAGGGAUUCGUCGUGGCCUAGAUUCCGAUUUGACUUUUAAUGGAGGUAUAACCGUGGCUGUAACAGGGACUUUCUUCUUGUCAAAAUUUUAUAUCGAAUGCAGCUAAGUCAAUUUAUUAUGUCACACAAUUAAUUAUUAUCUUUAAUCCAGUCAAAAACUGGAACUAUUUUGCGAUAUGGUUCCAUUUCGAGCGGUGAUCUGGUUAUGCGACGCGUUUACCCGAAUAAUUCGCUUUCAGAAUCUGAUUAUUCUGUUACCAAUUUAAUAAUAUAAUUUAAAAAAAACAAAACUGUUUAGGAUUAUCUUAUUUACGGAAGAGAACGUGUAAUGGGUCGAAUGUCUCGUCAAUACAAUAUCAGACAUUCUGAGAUUAAUUUGUUUUUAUCGUUAGAUAAAUUUAUCGUCUCAAGGAAUGAGGCCGAAAGUUUUGAAACUGAAUCAAUCGGGUUGACUGAAAAAAAAAAACAAAAAAAACCCCCUAAGCAUGUCGCCACGGCCAUGGCAUCAUUAUAUCUAACCUUUUAUGCUUUUAUGAAGUCAAAGAACACGUUGAUUUGUUUCGCGACCUAUACAUAGGCCUACAGUAUUUGUUUAAAGACCCAAACGCUUUCCAUUUGGACUGACAGGAAUGGUCAAAGAAUUUUGUCUGCGAGAUACAGUUCUGACAGGAAUUAGUCAUUCAGAUGGUACGAUAAACAAGUUCCCCUGUACACGGCAUGCACGUACCGAAGUUGAUUUGGAGAAAAAUAAAGCUCCUUAAGCAGAGAAAAGACACAAGAAUGUAUUAAUGUUGGAUGUUUAAGUUGAAAAAAUCAAACUAAAGACUUCAGCAGAAGUGAAAUGAUCCCAAAAAGAACUUAAGGGGGGAAUAUGUUUCAAGGAAUAAUGAAAUCUAGAGAAGAAUACCAGAAGAAAAAUGGUACAGGAGAAAUUUCAAGAUCUAGAUUGGUAAAAUGCUUUCUAGAUGGAGCUUAGUAAAUGCAUUUCAAGAUUGAGCUUAUUAAAAAUUGAAUUCUAGAAAUAGAAACCUUUGAUUACCGUGCACCACAAGCUUUUGCUUACGAUAAUGUCGAAUCAUUUUGGUGUUGCAGAAAUUGCAAAAGAGUGGAUGGCGUCAUAUCUACAAAACAGGAGUUUUCGUGUAAAAGUUAAGAAUGAUUUCUCCGAUGUAAAACAUGUAAAUUUUUCAGUUCCACAAGGUAGCAUCAAUGGUCUGAUCUACUUUAUCUGCUAUACCAGUACACUAGCAUCCUGCAUCAGACACAAUCAAACAUUAGUUGGCUACGCCGAUGACCACAGCUUGUAUGACAGUUUUAAAGCCGGAGAUCUUGAUGCAGAAUCUCAUAUUGCUUCCCGCAUAUCAGAGUCCUUAGACGACGUUAAAAUCUGGAUGCUGCAUAAUCGACUAAAUAUGAACGACGAAAAAACUGAGGUUAUUAUCUUCGGUGGUAGCCGUUAGCUCCACAAGUCUACCAUCCACGAAUUAAGAGUUGGGGAUUCUGUAGUUGAGUCUUCAUCCCGUGUUAAAUUCCUGGGGAUGCAUUUGGACGAAAACUUAAACUUAAAGAGUCAUUUUGCCCAGAAGACUUGUUGUGCUGCUUCGGCAAUGUUCAACUUGCGGAAAUUGAGACCGUUUCUUUCGCGAGAAUCAUCUCUUCAAAUUGCCAGUUCUUUAGUUUUCUCCCAUAUGGAUUACAGAAAUAGUCUGCUCUGUGGUUUGCCAGCAACUACUCUUCAACCUCUCUAACGAAUUCAAAAUUUUACUGCAAAGCUAAUUCUUGGUGUUAAUUACGGCCAUAGCUCGACUGGUGCUCUGAAAGAACUUCAUAUAUUGCCAGUUGAAGUCCGAUGCCAAUUCAAGCUACUGGUACUGGUGUAUAAGUGUCUCCACAACCUUGCCCCUGUCUACCUUUCUGAAUUAUUGCAGUCCCAAACUUCAUCAUGCAAUAUGAGAUCAUCAUCAAAAAACAUUUAUACCCAAGACAAAAAGUAAAACAUUUGCAGACAGAUCGUUCAAUGUGCUAGGACCGCAGCUCUGGAAUACCCUUCCAGAAAGUGUGAAACAAUGUCAAACUGUAACGGAUUUUAAAAAGAAACUCAAAACAUAUUUUUUUCGUAAAGCAUUUCUUUAACGUUUGUGUAAGACUUUGUGAAGCGCCAUUGAAUGCAUGGCAGUAAUGUGCACUAUAUCAAAUGUAAUAUGUUAUGUUAUGUUAUGUUAUUACAUCGUUUCUUCACAGACAGUUGAGUUGAUGAUAAUGUAACAAUAAAGAACUUUUUUCAUUGGAUCUUAUUAUUUCAUUACAAAUUUUGAAUGUAAAUACAUGUAACAUUUUGUUUUAUAUUUUGAAAUAUUGUAUAUAUUAUGGAAAAUUGUGAUAAUU